UAGAAAAAUAUUGAAAUUUUUUUGACUAUGUAUUAUGGUUGAAUUUUUUUAGUGAAAUGCACGUUAUUUGGAUUUGAAACAAUUCGUACGUGCAUACAUGUAUCAAAAAACUUGGUCGUCUAGCCAAGCGUUACAUCAUGCCAAGUUCGUUACUUCAUAGAAAAUCUUCUCUAUAAAUACAAAUCAAUAUUUCUGUUACAUCAUAAUAACAAACACAAAUACAAAAAAAUUAUAAAUACAAAAAAAAAAAGAAAAAAAAAUGGCUAGGGCUAGAACAAGUUCUUCCUCUACCACGACACUAGCCAUUGUUCUUCUCUGUAUGACCCUCGUCGGUCAGUCUUAUGGUCAGCUGAAGCAAAAUUACUAUGCUGGAAGAUGUAGCGCCAAUGUCGAGAGUGUUAUUUACGAUAUAGUUUCUAAAGCUUACCAAACUGAUAAAACCAUUGUUGCUGCUCUUCUCCGAAUGCAAUUUCAUGAUUGCUUUGUUGGGGGAUGUGAUGCAUCCAUCUUGUUAGAUGGAAGCAACGCGGAGAAAAAUGCACCAUCAAAUGGUAGCGUUCGAGGUUAUGAACUUAUCGAUGCUAUCAAAGCAAGAUUGGAGCAAUUGUGUCCUGGAGUUGUCUCUUGUGCAGACAUCAUUGUCGUAGCAACUAGAGUCGCGGUUGCCUUGGCUCAAGGAAAUUGGUACAUUGUUGAAACUGGAAGAAAAGAUGGGUACUUUUCAUCUAUUACUGAAGCUGAGAAGAACCUUCCUCCACCAACAAUCUCAGUUUCAAAUGCAAUUAGACUAUUCGGUAGCAAAGGAUUGAGCGCUAAUGAUUUUGUGCUCCUCCUAGGAGGUGGUCACACCGUUGGAGCCAUUCACUGUAGCAAAUUCCUAGACCGGUUAUACAAUUACCAGAACACCGGUAGAGCAGAUCCAUCUAUGAAUUCAGCAACCCUUAUGUCGUUUCGACAAAGAUGUCCUAGCACUGGAUCAAACAACUUUGUUUACGCCGACCAAACUGUAGGAAGUGAAUACAGGGUGGACAAUGGUUUCUACAAGGCGAUUUCGCUAGGAAAGGGUGUGCUCGAAAUUGAUCAACGAAUUGCAAGCGAUGUUCAAACUAAAAGUACCGUGAGCAGGUUGGCUUACAGUGGGGACUUUGCUACCCAAUUUGGUUACGCUAUGAUCAAUCUUGGUAGGGUUGGAGUCCUUACCCAGGGUCCAGUCAGGAGGAACUGCCGUCGUAACAACUAAUACCACAAACGUACGUACGUACCACAAUAUGCAUGGUCGUUGUCCCUGGUGUUACUUUUAUUUGACGGCUUAACUAUCAUUCUUUAAUUCAAGCUCUUAUGUACUUGUUCGUUUUUUCAUUACAUUUCUUCAUUUGUCUUUGAUUUUGAUAUGUUGUUUUGGAGUAACAAAGUGUUUGAAUUAUAUCUAUAUGGAACUAUGUAAGUUCCAAUUUUCCUUGUUUGUAUUAACAAACGGCUUAUAAUACAAUGGGAAUCAUUUUUAUUUAUAUAAUAAUCUAAUCUCUAUUUUAUUUCAUCCCUUUGAAAUUCAUUAGUUCUCAAACAAUAUAUUUGAAUGGUACC